UUUCCUCGAUGUUCCCCAUUUCUAACCCUAACUCCAACCACUAGCAGUACCUCUGGUUUUGUUUCCCCGAACUCCGUCGCACUGAGGCUCACAAAGCAAGGUUUCCUCCCCCUGAGCUCGCAAUUCCACAACCCCAAGACUCGAAACUCUCCUUCCGGUCUGGCUGUCGUUGCUGCUCAGUCUAAUUUCUUGAGAGUUAUCCAAGCCGUGUGGAAGGUUGGGAAGGAUGGCAUCGAUGCGGGAAUCAGGCUAGUGCCUGUCUCCAUUCCAAGGCCCAUUGCCAGAGUUUCAGUGACCGUUGCUCUGCUCACUGUUUCUUUCAUUCUGCUGAAAUCAUUCUUGUCUACAGCGUUCUUUGCCCUGGCUACGAUGGGGCUGGUAUAUUUCCUGUUCAUUGCCUUGAACAAAGAUCAAGGUCCCAAAGGAGGCAGAGUCUCGGACGCUCCGACUUUUUCAUCAGAGGAGGAAGCUUUAAAGGAAGCUCGAAGAAUAAUGGAGAAGUACAAGAAAUAGUCCUGGCACAGGCUUAGCAGCAGCAAUGAAGGAAUGUUUCUCCUUCUCAUAUAUUGGUGUCAUAGGAGGAGAAGGAGAAAUUGCCUGGUGGAAGACGAAGUA